CUGCCAACUUUUUUUUUGACAGUACCACCUCGAUCGAUCUCAUUCAACACGCGAGUAUGAUUACACCCACAUUCAAGGUCGAUCAGGACGACAAUGCCGUAAUUAUUACAAUCAACACGCCAUACGUUCGGGCUCAAGACGUAGAUCUUCAUGUUCAAGGCAGUGAAUUCCGGUUUUUUCUAAGACCUUACUUUUUGCGUUUAUAUUUCCCCGGCAAUAUUGUCGAAGACGAUGAUUCGAGUGCAAAGUACGAUCCCUCCUCCGGCCAGUUUCACGUCCGUAUCACUAAAGAAAACAAGGGAGAGCAUUUUACAGAUCUCGAUCUGUUAAGUAAACUUUUGGCGAGACGAGGCGAAGCACCUGAGGAAUCCAAUAAAAAGACCACAAAGCCCUUGAUUGAAGUGAUUGGUGGCGAAGAUAAUGUUGAUGAACAGCAGGAGCAAGUACAAGACGAAAAUAUUCAAGAAGCGAUUGAUUUCAAUUGGGAACUACCUCAAGAAUUACCAACAACAGAAAUUUUGACGACGGCAUCCUAUGGCUUUAACAACCAAUACAGCAACUACUUUAUUCACGUUCAAGAAACGAUGAAUGAAAUUAACGAUAUAUCAGACCCAGAAAAAUCAACAGUUGAAUCUAGACGACGGGAACGAUGUGAAGCAGAGGAUGCUAAAUUUGACGAAGACUAUUACGCUAUGGAUUUCAUUAACGAUGAAGAGAUACAACGGGUCAUGCAGUUUAAAACAGUGUGGCACAAAGAGUUACGACGGAUACAGAAAAUUGCCAAGGAGCAGCAGACCAAAGCACCAUUGAUACAGGAAAUGCAAGCACCGGGGAGCGUGGAUGGACUACUAGAUCUACAGUCGCUUUCGAUCACAGACUCGGCAGAGUCCUUAAUAAAGUUUACAGAAAAGGAGCAGGCAAUGAUGCGGGACUUGCCGAAAAAAGAAUAUUUACUAUCCAAUGAAAAAAUAACGUAUCUUGGUCUGGUCGAUCUGUUAUUUGCAUACAGCUACAAUCAUCGGAUAUUCGAAGGAGAAGACUCUGUUGAAUCCGUAUGGUGCAUUGGUAAAACAAGCCCGACCAUUGCAUGUUUGGAACAGUUCACAACGCUUAAAGAAGUCCUUGUUGCAAAUUACCGUCGAUCUUUGGCAUACCCACUGUACAGAAACUUUGCGCUUUGCGAGAAGGUGAUGCAGGAUGUGUAUAUAUUGAUGCGUCUGGGAAAGCGGGCUAUCCUGAAGGCGCUGUUGAGCUUAAAAGUGUUGUUUGAUCAUCAUGAUGUGUACUAUGUAUACAGCAAGAUUUAUUUGGAUGAUUAUUGUACUUGGAUUCAACAUACUAGCGACCAUGUAUUACGGACGCUUGCACAUGAAUUACAUCACUUUUCAGUAUCCAAAAGCGAGAUUGGAUGGGAUCUUGAAGAGAUUGAAACGAUUGCGAAGGAGAUGCAAAAUAGUCAAGAAGAAGCAGGAUAAAAGAUUUCGAAAGAGGUUUUUCUAUCCAAUGCAUACUGUUAUGUUAUGUAUAUACACAUAUACUGCGCCUCCGCCUUUUGUCUCGAAAUAUUUUACAUACACUCAAAAUAGCAACGGAUUUUUCUUGCAUCAUACCAGCCAAUGUCUCUAUUAUUACUGUUACUAGUCCAGCAAUAUCGCGCACACAAUGCAUCAUUGAGAAGGAACAAGUGUCGUAUCACGGAUAGAAGAUGGCGAAAUCUUUAAAAUGCUUUGACCUCUACUUUGACACAAAUUCUAUAAUUUCCGUUUUCGCGUUAACCACUUCUACGAUGUGGUAUAAAACUUAUUAGAACGAGAGUGAUCCAGACUACUCUCUUG